CUUUGUUGUUCAGACACCAUUGACUCUGGAGGCAGUGAAGAUGAUUCAAUUUGCUUUUAGUAGUGAGCUUCCCGAAAGUGACAUAUUGGUUAGUGUUGGUGGCGGGGUUCUUUCCUUGUUACGUGAAGAUUUUGUCGAGCUUUUGCCAAGGACCAAAAUUUCAACAAGGAUUAUAGAAAUGACGUGUCUGUGCAAGACACUAGAAGAACGA